AUGUAAUUUUUGAUUCAGAAGAAAAAUUUAUAGGAAUGGGAAUAGGAUAAAAUAUUUAAUUUAUAUCACUUGAAAAUACUAUUCCAGUUGAAAAAAUAUUCUAAUUAAUAGAAUAUUAUUAUCAUAUUGGCUAUUAUUUUUAAAAUUUUUCAUAAGAUAGCAAUAUUUUGUCAGUUUUAACAGCCAAUUUGAUAUAUUUUCAAAUAGAAAUUUGUUUUAAUAAGAUUUUAAAUAAAUAAAUUUUAAUAAGUUUAAUUCAAAAUUCUGUGCAUUAAAUUAGCAAGAAACAAUGAUAAUUCUAAGUAAAAACAAGUAUCAAUAAUUUGAUUUGGUGGAACAAAAAUUAGUAUUAAUUGAACUUGAAACUUAAAAAGUAAUUUCUUGUUUUGAAGAGGUACUUGAUUAAAAAUUCAAGUGUAUAGAUUCAUUUUCUCUUACGAUGAAUUAAAUUUUGUUACAAGUUAUUUAGAUUUAAGAAUUAAAUUAUGGGAUACUAAAUCUUGUAAAUAGCUCUCUUUCUUUAAAACGGAUACUGCAAGAAUAGAUAUGCUUACAAUUUCAAGUAGAGCAAUAUUAGUUUAAAAUAGUUAUAAUAUCAUAAAGUUAUGGGAUUUAAAAACCUUAAAACAGUAAUAAUUUGAAAUGGAUGGUCAUUCUUAUUCUGCUAAUAAAGUAUGUAUUCCUCAGAUGGUUUCCAAAUGGUAACAGGAUCAUCGGUUGAAAUAAUUAGAUGGGAUUUGGUUGAAUUAAAAAAGCUUGAUGUAUUAAUGAAGGGUUAAAGACUUCCAUCCCUAUUUUUUAAUUCACCUUAAUAAUCAAUAUUUUAUCGCAAAGGGUGAACAAGAAUUCUUUCAUAUCUGGAAAUUUAAUACUAAAUAUAUUACUGAAUUUCACAAUAAAUAUUUGUGUUAACCUAUCUGGUAAUAAUAAUUUAGCUUAUAUUAGAAUCUACUUAUUUGGUAGAUUGAUAAUUCUAAAAUAUUUAUUUUGAAUUUGGAAAAAAUUAGUAAAUAGAAAUAAUUACCGUUUUAAUCCGAUUCAAAGAUUCAAUCAAGAACGAUUAUACUUUCAACAAACCUCCUUAUAAGAAGCAAUCCAUUUGAGUUUAUUUCCAUAAACAAUAAAUUAGAGUUAAAAAAUGAAUAGAUUGUUGGUUAUCAGUUAAUUAAAUAAGGAAAAUUGCAUUUUGUGCUAUUUCAUUAAUGUUGGCUUUACAUGGUUAAUCAUAUUCUCUUAAUAUCUGGUUAAUUGAAAAAAAAUAAAAAUAGCUAAUUUAUUUUCUAAUGA